UGUAGACACCUAAAAAUAUGAAAUGGCACAAUGUUUUAAUGCCUGUCAGUUCUUGCAUUAAAAUGUGAGAUAUUUUGGCCUUGUUCAAUUUGAUAGUUUUAUCCCUGAUUUUCCAGGGGCCCCUGCAAACUUUGAGACCCCCAAGGCCCCCCAGGUUCACGGAGUGUCAAUCAAACUUCGAAAUUCAAAGUAUAGUGUUGAAAAUACCGGGGAAAUAUCACGUGCUGUUUCACAUGAUUAGUGUGUCCCUACUGGAUUAUGUGCAUUAUUAUGCGCUGUUUCACCUGUCGCCAGGGAAACUUUCAUCUUGUUACAAGCUGCGGGGAACAGGCCAUUUGCUAUUGGCUUAUUUGUAUGUCACUUAUACACUGGAUACAGCAAGUCAACCAUUCAAAUUUAGAAAGAGGAGGGUUUAUUCAGUUAGCCUACUACCGGUAACUUGAAGUGGCUACUGUAGCAUGCAAGGAACUAAACUUAAAAGUUCAUAAGUAUCUUGUAUGUUAAAUGUCACAACGCUCGAGUUGAGAAAUCGGUCCCACCGUUUGAGAAAACAACUUUUGUUGAAUUCAGUGCGUUUUUGGAGUACGAGCAAUGGAAGAGUUGAGCGAGUCUUCACCCGCUUUGGCGUUCGAGAAGGAAGCAUUUGAGCUGACGGUGGAAGAUGUUUAUGACAUUUCAUACGUGAUUGGCAGAGAUUUGCUGAAAAUAAGUACUACAGGUGAGGAAGUCUCCGAUUUGCAAUUCAAAAUUGUCCGGGUUUUGGAGAUGUUUGAAACGUUAGUGAAUAAGUAUAACCUGUCAUUGGAGGAGCUGAAAAUGGAACGAGACAACUUGAAGAGUGAACUGGAUAGAAUCGUGAGAGAAAGUUCUGCCGGGCAGGAAGCGCAAACACUAGGACCAAACAAACUGGUGGUGGACCUGAAAGAUCCCAAUAGACCACGCUUCACAAUGCAGGAGCUGAAGGAGGUGCUUCAGGAGAGGAACCAGCUCAAGGCCCAGCUACUGGUGGCGCAAGAAGAGUUGCAACUCUACAAGAGUGGGAUGCUGCCACAGGGUGAACAAGCCAUGGUAGAGGUUGACUUAGUAUCUCCAUCCCCUUUGAAACCUGUCCCUGACACAACAGAUGAGACUAAAGAAGAGGUACCUAACGAAGGAAUGACCACCAUCAGAAAGCUGUUUUCAUUCAGACGGAAAUAAGGACAACCUAUGAGAACAAGGACCUAAGGCAUUACUAAUGAUAAACCAAACAUUUUUAUGCACAUGCUUUCUAUCAAGGCUUUGUAUUAGAUCAGUUGUUUUCAGUAAUGAAUGAAAAUGUUUUUAACUGGAAUAAUUUUGGCUUUUGAAACAAUAACUCAGUGUUGUCUUUUUAUAGAUUUAACUGUUGUCAUUAAUACAGGUAUGGGAAAAUAACUUGAUGCUCAUUAAGGUCAAAUAACAUGGUACAGACCAAUGAUUUCUCCAGUGCAUUCAGAAAGUAUUUGGACCCCUUACAGCCUUAUUCUAAAAUUGAUUAAAUUGUCCCCCCCCAAUCUACACACAAUACCCCAUAAUGACAAAGUGGGUUUUUAGAAAUGUUUGCCAAUGUAUUAAAAUGGAAAUAUAAUUUACAUAAGUAUUCAGAGACCCGUUACUCAGUACUUUGUUGAAGCACCUUUGGCAGGGAUUACAGCCUCGAGUCUCCCUGAGUAUGAUGCUACAAGCUUGGCACACCUGUAUUUGGGGAGUUUCUCCCAAAUCCUCUCAAGCUGUUAGGUUGGAUGGGGAGUGUUGCUGCACAGCUAUGGGCUACUCAAGGAUAUUCAGAGACUUGUCCCUAAGCCACUCCUGUGUUGAAUUGGCUUUGUGCUUAGGGUCAUUGUCCUGUUGGAAGGUGAACCUUCACCCCAGUCUGAGGCCCUGAGCGCUCUGGAGCAGGGUUUCAUCAAGGAUCUCUCUGUACUUUUGCGCCAUUCAUCUUUCCCUCAAUCCGGACUAGUCUCCCAGUCCCUGCUGCUAAAAAACAUCUACAGACGUGACGCUUGGCAUUCAGGCCAAAGAGUUCAAUCUUGGUUUCAUCAGACCAGAGAAUCUUAAGGUACCAUUUGGCAAACUCCAAGCGGGCCAUUGUGUGCCUUUUCUUGAAGAGUGGGUUCUGUCUGAGCGCUCUACCAUAAAGUCCUGAUUGGUGGAGUGCUGCAGAGAUGGGAGAACCUUCCAGAAGGACAAUCAUCUCCACAGAGGGACUGUCAUGUUCUUGGUCACCUCCCUGACCAAGGCCCUUCUCCCCCGAUUGCGGAGUUCGGCCGGGCGGCCAGCUUUAGGAAGAGUCUUUGGUUCCAAACUUCUUCCAUUUUUAAGAAUGACGGCCACUGUGUUCUUGGGUUUCUUCAAUGCUGCAGAAAUGUUUUGGUACCCUUCCCCAGCUCUAUCCCUCGACACAAUCCUGUCUCAGAGCUCUACUGACAAUUCCUUCAACCUCAUGGCUUGCUUUUUGCUCUGAUAUGCACGGUCAACUGUGGGACCUUAUAUAGACAGGUGUGUGCAAUUCCAAAUAUUGCCAAUUGUUAAAAAUAAAUAAAAAUGAAUUGCCCCACAGUGGUGUCAUAAUACCCAUAAAGUCUAGCGGUCAAACAGAGAAAUAGUUCCAAUUGUUUUUCCACCAUUCAUUUUUCUCAUAGGGGAUUUUAGAAACAGUUAAGGGGUGUGUCAUGAAGGCAUAAUUUGGAGUGACGUUUUGUUAAACAUCUAAAUUGCUUUCAGGAAAGGUGACUGAAAUAGAUUUUGUGCUAUUUACAUACUCAAAUGCUAAUUAGCAUCAAAGUAGACCUCAUGCAAGACUACAAAUCCCUGGAAGCUCCUGCACGUCAACGCCUUUGCUAACAGGUAGUGUAAAUUUAACUCCAGACCAUUCACAGAAUUACCUAUUUAUUACAUUUAGCAAACGGUUAAUCCAGAGAUUUUUACUAUAAUUCGUCAGUCUCAUCCAUAUCAUUGCAUUUGUAGUUCUUAAUUAGCAACUCAUUAGCGUUUCAUUUGUUGGGGGUAAAUACAGGCAAAUAUUUUGAUGCAUCACCUUGUCUAAGGAGAGAUAAACCUGGUUAUUAAAAUGUCACACCAGGGUAAGCCUUCAUGACACACAGCUCUUCUAAAAUCCCCCAUGAGAAAAAUUAAUGGUGGAAAAUCAAUUGGAACCAUUUCCUGGUUUGACCAUUAGGCUUAAUGUGUAUUAUGACUCAUACUGUGGUACUCUAGAAAUGCAUUUGUCCAGGUUAGUUUGCCACAUUUAUUCUAUUUAACACCAAUAUAUACCUUUAAAUUAUGAGCUAAACAAAAAUAAAGUAUUGAGAUGA